AUGACACCAACUCCCUUAUUAAACAUACCCAUUAAAAACAAACUGAACAGAAACAACUAUAAGGAAUGGAAAAGGAGCUUGAUAGUUGUCCUGAGUUAUGAGAAAGUUAAAAUAGUUCUUGAUUCUAAGUGCACUCUAGCCACUCAAGCUGAGGCUAGAAAAUGUUGGGAAGAGUUUGAUGAGAUAGCUCGUUGCUAUAUUCUGGCAAGCAUGACCAACACUCUGUAUAAGCAACUGGAGAGUUGUAAGACUGCUAAAGCGAUUCUAGAUAAGCUAGAAGUCAUGUUCGAAGGCCAAGCUACCUUGGUUUGGAAGUCUACUAUAACUAGCUUAAUGAAUGCCCAACAAAAGUCCAACACUCUAGUCAAAGAGCAUAUAAUCACUCUUAUAGGUUACUUUACCGAGGCCGUGGACAAUGAGGCCAAUCUAGACCAAAACACCCAAAUAGAGAUUGUGUUCAAAAGUUUGUCCAAGGAUUUUGCUGGUUUUCAGGCUGCAUAUAACCUUGGCAACAAACAUUUGACGCUUACACAACCCAUGAAUGAGUUACAAUCCUAUGAGUUGAUGUUGAAUGACGGUCAGCUGGUCUGA